AUGAAGGUUCUUGCUAUUCUUCUCGCUAUCGUCGCUGUCGCCGUCAAUGCCUAUCCAGGAGGAUACGGAAGACCAUCUGGAGGAUAUGGGCCACCAUCUGGAGGAUAUGGAGCUCCAGGAGGUGGAUAUCAAAACCAAGGAGGAUUCGACGGUGGUGCUCAAUUUGGAGACCAAGGUGGAUUCCAAGGAGGACCAGGAGGAUUCAAUCAAGGAGGUUUCAACCAGGGAGGAUUCAAUCAGGGAGCUGGAUUCCAAGGACAAUUCGAUCAACAAGGAAGAUAA